AUGGAAUGUUCUCACCCCCUAACGAGCACCCAUUGUUCCAGAGAGCGGGCUCGACAACAUGAACUCGAGCGGGGAAUCAGGCGGGACGAUGACCGAGGACUACGAGAUGACAGGCUGCGGCCCGCCGGAAGAGGAGACAGGCUCGAACUUGCCAGUUUGGGAAGCCGCGGCCGCCUCAUUGACGCUUGGCUUCCUUGUCCUGGCGACGGUGUUGGGGAACGCGCUUGUGAUCCUGAGCGUGUUCACGUACAGGCCCCUUCGAAUCGUUCAGAACUUCUUUAUCGUGUCGCUAGCUGUCGCGGAUCUCGCGGUCGCGAUCCUCGUGAUGCCGUUCAACGUCGCCUACCUCCUCCUCGGCAAGUGGAUCUUCGGCAUACACCUGUGCAAAUUGUGGUUAACCUGCGACGUGCUCUGCUGCACGGCGAGCAUACUGAAUCUGUGCGCCAUCGCCCUCGACCGAUACUGGGCGAUCACCGACCCCAUCAAUUACGCGCAGAAACGCACCCUGAAGAGAGUUCUGGCUACCAUAGCCGGGGUGUGGAUCCUGUCGGGCGCGAUCAGCUCGCCCCCUCUGGCCGGCUGGAACGACUGGCCCGAGGAGCUGGAACCGGGCACACCCUGCCAAUUGACCAGAAGGCAGGGAUACGUGAUCUACUCCUCGCUCGGCUCCUUCUUCAUCCCGUUGCUGUUGAUGAGCCUCGUCUACCUCGAGAUAUAUCUGGCCACGAGGAGACGGCUGAGGGAGCGCGCCAGGCAGAGCAGAAUAAACGCUGUCCAAUCGACGAGGCAUCGCGAGGCGGACGACGCCGAGGAAUCGGUGAGCUCGGAGACGAAUCACAACGAGAGGUCGACCCCUCGAUCGCACGCGAAGCCGUCGUUGAUCGACGACGAGCCGACCGAGGUGACGAUCGGCGGCGGUGGCACCACGUCCUCGAGGCGGACGACGGGCAGCAGGGCACCGGCGACCACGACAACGGUUUACCAAUUCAUCGAGGAGAGGCAGAGGAUCUCGUUGUCGAAGGAGAGACGAGCCGCGAGGACAUUGGGCGUGAUAAUGGGCGUGUUCGUCGUGUGCUGGCUACCGUUCUUUCUAAUGUACGUGAUCGUCCCCUUCUGCCCCGAUUGUUGCCCCUCGGAUCGAAUGGUCUACUUCAUCACGUGGCUCGGUUACGUGAACAGCGCUCUGAACCCGCUCAUCUACACCAUCUUCAACCUCGACUACAGGAGGGCAUUCAGAAGGUUGUUGCGCAUUCGUUGAACAGUGUUUGCCAACGCUUGUUAUUGUAUCUAUUACGAAAUUGUGGGAAACAAGAUUUGCCGGCACGUUCCCGACAUCGUCCAGGAUACAUCGGGAUACCACUCGGCCCCGCUUGGGAUUGGUCGUCGAGGAAGACGGCGACGAAAAAAAGAAGAUUGGAGUUCGGCUGAGUUUCUCGUUUCUUCGGAACCGCCAAAUUCGAGGAUUCUUCCGGUUCUUACGAAGGGGGAAACGAGAAAGGGGGGAUCGUGAUCGAGAAGAGAAAAGUAUGAAAAGUUUAUUUAUCGGAGCGAAGAAGAAGAAGCGCAAAAUAUGGUUGGUGUUAAUAGUGGUGGAUUAUUCACGAGCGUCCAUUUUCAUCGAAACAAAGAGAAUUGAGAGAGUUCGAUCGGAGCGAAGAUUAAGCGGUCAAAGGCCGAACACGAUAGUCUAAUUUAGCGACGAUAUUCACUCCCAGAAGAGUCGUUCCAUUAAACUUGUUCCAUUAAUCCUGGGAGGAAGCGAGCGAGCGCGGAUAAGGAAUUUUAAGGAAAUGAAGUCGCCGCCCCUGUUCGAUUGUCCUAUACCUCAUUUCAUCCGUCGUUACGCGUUGAGUUUAGCUGAACGAUAAUUCACCGCUAUCUUCGAUCAGUCAUGAAUAAUGGAAAUCGGUGAAUUCGAUCGUCGCAACUCGGUCGUCUCGAUUCGAACAAGACCGUAAACCGAAGACCUUCGAAUGAAUUGAACGGAGGGGAGAGGUUGUAGUGGAAGAGGCGUCGUGUAAAAAUUCGAUUUCGACGUCGAGUCGAUCGUUCCAUUUCCUAAGGAGCCUUGUAAAAUAUUGCUCUCCCGAGAAUUCGAAUAUUCUUGAUGAAUCGAUAUGGAAUAUGGCGAGCCUUUUUAAAUUUCUUUCGCCCAGCUUCCAGCUCUUUCGUUAUCGUUGCAUAAGAGACAGGAUCGCGUGAGGUUAGGUUAGGUUGUUGCACAUGAAAUGGCCAAAUUUCUUGAAAAUCUCGUGAAAAUUCGCUGGAAUUUAAUUUUAAAUUCGAGACUCGACAAAUUUUUGGGAACGUUAAUAUGAAUAAGCUUUUCAAGAGGUUACAUCUUACAAAGAAGAAGGAAAAAUCUGUCGUAUAAAGAAUUUUAAGUUGCAAAGCUAUCAAGAAUUCGAUAAUUUCAUUUGCAACAAUCUAAUUCAAAGCAAGAUGGGAGAAAAAAAAAAAAGAAAAAAGAAACGGCCAAGACUCUUCUCGUCGCCAAUCUCAAAAGCCGAGCAGAGAAAUUCACGUUUACGAAUAGGAAUUUUCUACGAAACCGACCAAGACUCCAGUUAAGAUGUUUUAGAAGAUAGAAUUUACGUAUCCUAGGUGGUAUACAAGCACAUUGUGUAUACAUUGUAUUUCACCUAAAUGUCGGUGGCGCACAAGGUGAUUACAACUCGUUCGACAUCACGUGACGGUCUUUAAAUAGAGAAAAUCGAGCGGGUGUUUUAUUCGCGGAACAAUGGGGACAGUUACCCUCCUCCUGAUGGCCGAUGAUCAUUCUGUUAAGUAGUCCUCGUGAAAAAGAACGUUUUGUUUGAUGUCGGCUGCUUGCUUCCUCGAUUGCAAUAUUUCCAUUCUUCAAAGAAUUCUUCCUGGGAGAGUGUCCGUGAGAUUUACGAAUUCAUGGCCAUAGAGAAUUGGCAAUUGGAAAUCUCGACAGAUUCCAUCGAUCGUAAUCGAGUCGAGAUUGUUUUUUUUUUCUUUUUAUUUUCGAAAUGUCAAUUUAUAGAAUCCUACGAAAACGUGACACGAUGAUCAUAUAUUAAUUUUUGCAUAGUUUUCUGUCAUUUUUAUCACAAGAAUUUUCUUUUUUGUAUUAUUAUCUGUAUUACGUAUAUUUCGCGUCUUUUUCGAUUCGAGUUGUUUUAAAAUUAAUUUGAAUAUACAGUUUUUGGUAAAAAAAUUAGGAUCACUCGCAAUUUUAAUAUUCUUUUGUUUUUAGUAAAAUUUAAACGAAAUUAAAUUGUAUCAAUUAUACAGAUUAAUAAUAAUAAUAAUAAUGAUUUAUAUUACGAUCCUUUAAGACGAUCAAAAAUAAAGAAUAUGAUAAAACAUCGUCGCAUAGAAAGAAUAACACGGUAUAAUGAAAGCAAAGGAAGGAAACUCAAAUCAUUAACUAUUAUUAAGUAUUAAAUAAACAUAAAUAUAAUGAUCUAAUAAAUAUCAUUCGAGCGAUUAAAUCUUAAAAGCAGGAAAAAUGUCGAAAAUCAAACGACCCUAAUUUUUUUUUCCAUCAAAAGAAAAGAAAAAUGUAGGACAUAAUUUCCAUAAUUUUUUAUUUUAGGAUUCUAUAAAAAUGCAUAAGAUAUCGAUCGACUUGAAAAAUUUCAAAUCGAUGGACAAAACGAUUUUCUACAUCGAGAAUUCUCUCUUGUGCUCCCACGAGCACGAUCACGGUGUAAUGGACAAGUAGACCUCGUUACGUGGAUAGCCGUGGCGUAACGUGGUUGGUCGAUUUUUCUUGGAAAGCGUGGCGUGACCGGUCCCGAGGAAAAACUUUCUCAGGAGAAAGAACAUUGAUCAUCGGGAGGAGGGGAAACUAGAGGUAAAGAAUUCCGUUUUCUUUUUUUUUUUUUUUUUUUUCCCUUAGCAACGACCGUGAGAUAUCGCGUGAUAUGAUAUCCCUAAAUGUACGAUAGACGUUAAUCUAAUCCCGUUCAUUGAUCAAUCGCAAGUGAAUAUCGAAUAACAAAAGGAAAAUCCAAGGAGUGCGAGGUGAAGGCGCGUAAGAAAAGGGGGAGGGGGGGAAAAAAGAACGAGAGAAAAAAUUAUUAUUACGGAAGCCACAGACGGGGACGUCAAAGAUAGGAAAAAUUCGUGAAAAGAGAGAAAAACCGUCACGACGGUCUGCAUGUAUCUCUGUAUAAAAAAAUUACAUUUAAGUCGCCUCCAAUCUUCUUCCCAUUGACACGCAGUUUAAAGCGCACACGAAUCGUGUACAGAGCGCGUUCACGCGCGAACCGAAUACAAAAGUUGGCUCCUCGCGCAUCGGCUGUUCGUCGAUGCGUUGCAACGUUGGGGGAAAAAAUCAUUCUCUAAUGGAAAAGAGAAAAAAGAGAAAAAAAAAAAGGAAAAAAAAAGAAAAAAGAAAAAAGUAUAAAAAAAAAAUAUUCCUCGAUACAUAUCGAAGAUUGAAAUCGUUAACAGUGAAAUCGCCAUCGUUUAUUAAGCGCGAUGAUUUGUGCGUAUAAUAAUAUAACGUAGCGUACGACGAAUCAGUUAUUCGUUAAUAGGACGGCGAGGACAAUGGGGUUUACCGGUUGACGUGUCGUCGAUGAUCGGAUUCGCGCGUUUGUCUCGUAUCGUCGAAUGAUCGAAGCACGAGGAGUUAAAUUAAAACGAGUCGUUACCGAUUAACGAGGGAAUAGGUGGCAUGUUUGCCGUCCCCUCGAGUGCCGCGCCAAAUCAAAUAAAGAAACACGAAGGUAAAAAAAAAAAAAAAAAAAAAAAAAAAGGAAAAGAAAAAAAGAAGAAAAAAAUGAGAGACAGGAAAAGUAACGGAGGGAAAAGAGGGGAGGGGGGAGGGGAGGGGAGAAGGUGGAGGAGAGGAAAAAAAAAAAAACAAGAAAGAAAAACACAGAUAUUAGUAGGGAGCGUGUAACUCGUAGGUAACUCGUGUGUGAAAGGAAAGAUCGCGCGAAAGGUUUGGUUUAUUCGAAAACCACCUCGACCUCGUCACCACAGGGCGCUUUAUAAUAAGGUUGUGAUAAGGUUGUGAGAAACAUGUUCGUAGCCGUGCUACGAACACACCACAAGAUUUUUAAUUAUUAGGUUAGACAAGUGAACAUUACUUUAUUCGUGGCACUGUCCAAAACGCGGCACGGAAUUCCUAUCCAAGAGAGAAUUAAAACGCGACGCUUGAACAAUUUUAAACUGGACCGGAUCGGUUGAUGCCGAUCUUGAGCUCGAGUUUUCUUCUUUAGAAAUAAAAUUGCUGAAAUUCCUAAAUUUCCUUCAUUCUUUGUUUUCUUUCUCGACGCCUUUAUCGUGUCGUCAAGAUCACCACCUUCUUUCAUUCCCUUCUAAAAAUGGCGAACUUUUUUUUCCUCGUGCUAUUUUUUUCUUUCUUUCUUUCCUUUAACACGCGUACCUCCCUUUUCAUAGUGGCAAACUCUGUUAACGUGACAAUGACUAUUACGAGAGGCUGACUCGAUUUCUGGCAAAGCUGGACUUCACAUUCUCUCCAAGUGCUCGUAAAACGUGAGCUAUACAGUCGCUGCUCCCUUCCUCCUCUAUUAAGCUCGUAAACGAGGGGGUCAGGGAAAUCGGUUAUCGCAAAUUUUCUCUAUCGCUGCUUUUACCGUCAAUAUAUUCGAAUACAUUCGAAUACAUUCGAAACGAUCGAAGAUCGUCAAAUCCAAUGAUCGCCGAUCAGAGCGAUUAUUCCUUCCCUUUGUCUGUAUCAGCUAUUUUCCAGCAAUUUUUUGAUAUAGAUGCUCGCUAUCAUUUCGAUAAGAUUAUCUCUCCUAUAUUAUAUAACAUUGUUUCGUAUUGAAUUAAAAUAUCUAUAAAACAUUUUUAUUCACUUUCAAUUCUUCUUUUUUCGCUCUAUCUCUUUCUUUUUUUUUAAAUGAAUAUUUAAAAUAUUUCAAGCAACACGUGUUUCAACAUUUGCUCGCAUUUAAAAACGACUGGCAAUCAAUACGCGAUACCCGCAUCGUAAAAAAAAAAUCCCAUGCGAAAUUUGUUUCGAGGCAACUUGCCUACCAUUCGUUUUUCUAUCGAAGAAGAACGAAAGAAAUAUGCGAAGCGAAAAAUGGGAAGCGAAUGGAAAGAGAAGAAAAAAAGAAAAAUAAAUAAAUAAAUAAAAAUUGGGGGAAAAAAUAUUUCGGAUAAAAAAAUAUUUUGUUCUGAUAUAUCGCGUUUUUUUAUUCGCCAAUACAUAGCAUAGUUUCCAUUUAUACGUUCCUUUCUUUCUUUUUUCUUUUUUCCCUUUUUUUUCUUUUGAUGAAUUUUAUAUUUAUUUUUUGAAUUCCUCGAAUCUUUGUCCUCGUGUCACGAACGAACACCGCUAAAAUUAGUAUUGCGUGUCGUGAAGCAAUUAGAAAGUUGUUUGAAAGAUGCUUGCCCGUAUCAGCCGAUUCGUUUCGUUCGUUUCAGUUAAUUCUCGUAUCAGUUUGUAACGAUUGCCAUGUCUCUUUCGUUUAUUUUAUCGAUAACGUAAACGGCCCGUUUGAUGAACAUUUAUCGAGAACUUGGAAAUCAAUUUGAUGGUAUUUUUUAAUUUAUUUUGUACUGUGAUUUAAUUAAUUAUAGUUUUCUAGAUCCAUUCUUUCCUCGACAAAUUAUUAAAUAUUGAAAAAAAAUAUUAAUACAAUCUUUGUCCCGUUUAUUAAAUGUAUUUUCAAGAAGAAAUUAUUAUUUUAUUCAUUUAUUCUUAAUUUUUCAUGAAUAUUUUUAGAAAUUUUUAUAGGUACUUUUUAUACUAUCAUAAUACAAUUAAGUUUUUAUUUCAAUAAUCUCUCAUUAAUCAUAAUUUUAUUAGUAGAUAUAUUUUCUUAUUAUAAAAAUUUUUAAUCUUUUUUACAUUAAAAUUUACAUUAUAUAAAUUUAUCUAUUUCUAAUUCUUAAUACAGAAACUUAAUAAUUUUUAACAUUCGUAAAUACUAUAUUUUUGUACUACGAUACAAUAAUUUAUUUAUUUUAAUAAACUUUUGUUCUUAAUAUUUUCUGUUACAAAAAUAUAUCAAUUAUUGUAAUUUAUUACAAUUUCAGAUGAAUCAGAUUUUGAUGAAAUUUAUUUUAAAUAACGUUGUUUUAUAUUUGAUAAGUAAUUGCAUUUUAAUUAAAAUUGUGUUCUUUAUUUGAUCAAUUAAAGGAAUUCGAUAUAAGACGGAUAUUUGGAAAUAUAUUAAAUCAAAGAAUUGAAUAAAUAAUUACAUUCUUUUCAGAACUAUAUUCAGAACAAUAAAUAUACUAAUAAUCAUAAUAAUAAAAAUAUAUAUAACAAUAAUAAUAAAAAAUAACCAAUAAUUUAUUUCGUUAUAAAUAUUAUUUAUUCGAUUGGCGCGAAUUUUUCAAUUAUUCAAAUUUUCUUUUUCCUAUUUUUUCUUCGUCCAUCUUUGUAUCAUUAUAUCAUUCUAUAACUUAAUCACCUUUCCUCCACCUGUCCUCGCUUAAUUCGAUGUUCAAACAAUGUUCUUCUUUCCUCGAUCGAGGAGAUUAAAAUCCGUCCCCCGUAUAAUACUUUACCACGAAUAUUUAUAUACGUUCCAAUUACUUUCUAGAAUUUUUUACACGAUCCUUUUUUAAGUACAAAAGUAUAAAAUUUCUAGUUUGAAAGUUAUCGAGGUUGCGUUUGAACGGUUGUUAAACUCCUCUCUCGAUCGUUCUUGGAUGGGAAGUUCGGCAGUGCGUAGAGAUAUUAUUGUACUACAUGAUAUAUUAUACAUUAAACCAUUACAUUUACUUACAUACAUCCAUAUUAGCAGGUUGAUUUUCGAGGAAUCGUUUCGCGGAUCGACGAGCAGACGAAUUAAUUGCUUCAUCCAUUUUUCCACCUCUCUUUCUCUCUCUCUUUCUUCUGUUCCUCUGUUCAUCCUGUCUAUAUCCUUUUUUUUCGUGUAACUCGUAUAUACUUUGCAAAAUCGAGUCGAGAUAUUUUUAAGAAAUUCUGUCCGAAAUUCGCGGGCUUUUCCCGCGCUACUGUUUUUUAUACGUUUAUCGCCAAAAAAAAAAAAGAAGUACAUAAUUGCAAAAUUGAUCCGCGAAACGCUUAUGACGAUUAUUAUUAUAUAUUAUAACAAUAAUAUGAAUUAUUGCGUAAAAAGGAGAAAAAAAAAGAAAAAAAAAUUGGGCCUGGUCGCCCGAUCGAGAGAGAACACUACGCUAGAUACGUAUAACAUAUACAUAAAUAUAUUAUAUAUAUAUAUAUUAUAUAUACAUCUAGUUAUAAUUGAACUAAUACUCCAUUGGUUGUGAUUUACAAGUAUAGCAAUACAGGAGCUCGAGUCCCGCGACCUGGAGCUUUCCUCUCCGUACGAAUUUAUUAGAUUAAACGCGCGUCUAAUUGCGACCAAAUUUUUCGGGGAUGUUUAACGUCAACGGGGAUGUAAUUUGAAAAGAUCUGUCUUCUAAUUUCGUCCUCUCGUCCAUUAGUUAAAAAGAGUGAGCCAGCGAAAUAAUUUAAGAUUACAUAUAUAUACAUAUAUAUAUAUAUACAUCCGUGUCCAUUUACGUUUUUAACCGUCGGCAUUCGUUUCGUGCAUUCGUUAAAAGAAAAAAAGAAAGAAAAGGUAUCCUCGAAAAUAGAUAUGCGUUCGUUAUAAUGUAGAAAUAUUAGCCUUGAAACGUCAUACGACAAACGCGUAUAUAUCAAAUACGAGGGAAAUAUUUUUAUUUUCGGCUUUUUCAUGUUAAUUAAAUAUCCACGUGCGAACACGAUGGCGAAAUAAAUCGUUAACGAGGUUAUAACCCAGCCCCGUGUUUCAAGUUCGUUCGCCGCUGUUAUAAAAAAAUUUUGGAAAAUCUUCAUUCGACCCGUAAAAAUUUGUUUUGAAUUUCGGUCGAUUCUCUUGCGAUCCAGUUCAUUACUGGAUGUUGUUCGUUAAUUUAAAAAGGAGAAUUUUCUUCUCCGGCUCGAGAUUAUCGAUCGAAUACUCGGAUAUUACUCGAGUAUUACUCGAACAAUCGAACUGGAAUCCAUUUCCAGCGUGAGCUCUGUAGUCAUAAUUUUUGCACGUAUUUACAUUUGCGCCAAUCAUAAUAAUCUUUAUGUAGAUAUUUUGAGAAAAAAGAUGUGCAAAGUUUACGAAAUGAAUAUUGUAGAAAAGUGAUAUUUUGAAUUUGAGAAAAAUGUAGCAUUAGAAAUUCAAAUCUCUUUUUACAAAAAAAUGAUUUCAUUCGUUGAGGUGAAUCUCAAAAUUGGCAAGGAACAACGACAAGAUAAAUAAUUUAAAGAAGAAUAAGAAAAUUUUCUAAUGAAAAAUAGUUAUUUUUAAAAUGUUAAAUAAACAAAUCCCAUUUUUGAAACGCUAUAUUCGAAUAAUUUUGUAACGUAACAAGUUAACGUAAACUAAAUCAAAAAAUAUUUAUUAUUUGAUAUCUACAUAUUAUACAGUUAUUUUAACAUAACUGCAUAAAUUUUUCACAAAUGCGGCUUUAUUUUAGUUACGAAAUACGUAUAAAACCAAAAAUAAUAUGUAAUGUAUAUCGUCUUAAUUAACGAAAUUUUCGCGCAUUUUAUUUUUUUUAAAAAAAAUUUCCAUUCAUUGAUGUAAAUAAACAAAUUAUCGGUCGUAUAACGAAUCGAAUUCACCUAGUUUAAUUUAAGACCGGGAGAGGAAACGCUCCGGUCGCGUCCCGGAAGCACGGACCAUCGAGUGUUCAUGUGAGCCUGCCGCUUGAGUAAAUAAUAAAGUGUAAAUAUUAAAAUAAAAUUGAUGAACAAUUCAAAACCAGAUGCAUUCGUGUACGUGUACGAGUAGCAUGUGGAGAGCGCAGUGGUGUAUGAAUGGUAAAAAUCUGUCGGAACGACUGUCGAUCCUCUUCUCUGAAGCGAGGAAACCUUGUUAAACCAGAAGCGAAAAAUCUGUGUCGAUCUACUAUUGCGGAAGAUGCAGUGGAAUUUCCACACGGAACCAUUCUUGCGACUUUUUAAACGUUUCACCUCUAUUCAAUCUUCGUUAUAUGUUUGCUCUUAAUUCGAAGAGAGAGAGAGAGAGAGAGAGAGAGAGAGAGAGAGAGGAAGGGAGGGAGAGAAAAAAGAAGAAAAAGAAAAAAGAGGAGGGGGAAAUGAGAGAGAAAAUAAUAAAACGGAAAACCAGACGAGAACUUCGCACGAAA